AUGGCGUACCGGCGGAAAGCUCCCCCUGUUGCCCAGUUAAGCCUCUUUCGCCAAUUACAAUUGAUGUGUAAUGCCACUUCCUUUGGAUUAUCCUUUCAAGUUCAUAAUGCACAGAAAAUAUUGGAUCAACUAAAAAUAAAUAAUGCUACAGCUUACACGCACUUUACGAAGAAUGCAACCCGUCAAGACUUUUUCUCCAGCAGAGUCGUUACUGGCUCUGGUAGUGGCGCCAUUAUCAGAGAUGCCCCAAAAUUUACUUUACCCCUUCCAAAUUAUUUUAUUAAUCCUUCUGAAAAGGCCGAGGAUUUUGUGCCUCGUGUGUUUUAUCACGCCUCCAUGGUGAAGCGUGCAGCUGAACUUCGAGAACAAAGCUACAUGCCACGCUGCGGCUUGACUGGAUUAUUUUUCUCCCGAGAGGAAGUUGUAGACAACCUUCAAGCGGCUGCUGCAGAGCUAGGAUUUAAGUCACCGUUUUGGAUUAGAAACGACCACCCAGCUCUCGGCAACUUUCUUGAACUCAAAGACGGAAGUGAAGCCAUAUGUCUAAGUCUCACAGCGGCUAUCACGGGUAUGGAUAGUGUGGAGUCUUUUUGUGAGGAUCUUUGGCACCCCGAUCUUCGGCGGGCAGUUGGUUCAAAAGGGCGUGCCUUUGGAAAAGAUGUUCCGCUUGGGAUGAAUGCACUUUCGGGGUUUGUUACAAAAAAUCCUUUUGUGCAAAGUUUGCCCAAUCGUGGUGUGUGGAUAUCACAAGAACAAGUCCUUCAGAACAACUUGCAGCUGAAGAAAGAAAAAAGUGCUUCGUCAAAUGACCCAUUUGUGCUCGUCGAGGUGGAGCAAUGGGAGAUGCACAAUGCGGAUCAAUUAAGUGUCCCUGGAAGAUUAGCUUUGCACCGUUCCACGACAAAAAGUACCGGGAGCAUAUUUGUUUCUUCCUGA